UCUUUUAAUAGUAUAAUGUGCCGUCAAGUCCUUCAUAAUGUGGAGCUACAAGCCUGCAACAGAUCUCAAGUCUCCUCCAACAUAGGAGUGUUCAUUUAAGUUGGUAGUUGGAAUGUAAGAGCGGUCGGUCAUCUUGUUCAUACUAUCAUCAGAGAAAGCGAGUUUGCUAGUGUGAAACAGAGCAAGUGAGUUUUCUGGAAGAAAAGAGAGGCAGAAAUGGUAGGACCAACAAGGCCACAGUUCGUGCUCUUUGGAUCCUCUAUUGUCCAGCUCAGCUUCAGCCAUGGCGGUUGGGGCUCCAUUCUUACGGACAUCUACGCUCGCAAAGCAGACAUAGUGUUGCGAGGAUACUAUGGAUGGAACUCAAGGCGUGCUGUUGAGGUCCUGAAUCAAAUUUUUCCAAAGGAUCUUUCGUUGACAAUUGAACUUAUGGUUUUGUUCGCAUUUCAGCAUUUGCCAUAUAAAGUUAAUGCUCGAAAAUCAAACUUGGAUGCUGCUGUACAGCCUGUUUUGGUGAUAGUCUAUUUUGGUGGUAACGAUUCUAUGGGGCCUCACUCAUCUGGCCUAGGUCCUCAUGUACCACUUCCCGAGUACAUAGAGAAUAUGAGAAAGAUUGCAGUUCAUCUCAAGAGCCUCUCUGAUACCAUACGCAUCAUUUUUCUGAGCUGUCCUCCAGUUGAUGAGGAGAGGGUUCGUUCAGGCACAAGUGGAAUUUUUAGUGAGCUAGUUCGAACAAAUGAGUUAUGCCAAAAGUAUUCAGAAGCAUGUAUAGAGCUAUGCCAGGAAAUGGGCGUGAAAGUUGUUGAUCUUUUCUCUGCACUUCAAAAAAGAAGUGACUGGACAACUGCUUGCUUUACGGAUGGAAUUCAUUUGGCAGCUGAAGGGAGCAAAGUAGUUGUGGAAGAAAUACUGAAGGUGCUGAAGGAAGCUGAGUGGAGUCCAUCUCUCUACUGGAAGUCCAUGCACACUGAAUUUCCAGAGGACUCAACUUAUUAUCUUGUCGCUGCUGAUGGAAAGACAACACUAAAUCCUUCUGAGUGGACAUUUCACAGGGAAAUUCAAUGGGACUAAGUUUUGCAAAAUACUAUCUUUAUCACUGCACUAGUGUUGUCAAUUAGGAAUUCAACAUGAAAACUAGGAGAAAGAAAGGUGGGUUGGUCUUGGUCAGGAAGAAAAAGAGAGAAAUGAACUUAGAAAUAUUUAUUGAAAUUCAAUCUUGUAAAGCGUUCAUGGACCCAAUUUUAUUUUCAAUACCAUUGUUUUAUUGUAUAGCA